AUGACGAGGAACGAUAAUAAGCGGACUUCUUCAAUAUCUGUAUCUCCCCAAAAAGCUCGGUACAAGAGUCUAUCAACUGUAAAGAAUGAAAGUGGUGUUCACAGCUCUAAACCAACUACAAAGAAGAAGAAGAGAAAGUUUGGUUACAAAUUUGCCCCAAUUAAUAAACUUCAUGUUUCGGUAGACCCUCUGCAACAGAAAUGUGGUCGUUUGCAAACGGAAAGUAUAGAGCCCACAUUAAAAAAUAUUUCAACACCAGGGAUGAGCAAUUCUACUAAAGUCGCGGAGUUUAGCUUCAGAAGUGAAGAUGGAAAGAUUGGAACCAAAUGUUUACCUACCCCGCAGAAUAACCUGCACAUUGUAGAAGGCGAUAGGACCAGAUCGUAUAACGACGGCCCAUCUGAAGAAGUAAUAUGGAUGUUUUCUCCUGUAAAACAUGGAACACAUAGACAUCCUAAGGUUCAAUUGGGAUCAUUGGCCAGUACAUCACCUGUGCCUGUAUCUGGCUCCAGCAGUGAUCUCGAGGAGAACGUAGUGAUGCGAAACGAGUCAUCUACGCCCAUUACUUCUAAUAAAUUUAAGUCAAUUUUGACUUUUCCACAUAUUAGCUCCAACGCCGUAGAGAAUACUGGAAUUCGUAAACAGAAUAGUGCCCGCCAAGGCGCCCGAAGCUCUACGCCAGCCCCUUCUGAAAUAAGAAAAUCUAUGAGAGACAUCGAUGAUAUCAUUAAUGAUAUCGUAGGGGACUUCGGGCCAACGCAAAUAGAGAUUCCAAGCUCACCUGCGAAGAUAGAGCGACAGGUUCCAGCUACAGUUCAAAGUAGUUUAUUUCCGGAGCAGUUAUCACCACAUCAGUCCCCCUUAAGUUCCGGACUUUCAAGGGCUAGCGAACAAGCAAUCAGUGUUGACAAUAAGGACGGAGAUGAUGGAGAUGACUCUCUAAUUGAUAUCUUAUCUCAAAAAUACAGCAAGCCAAGAUCUUGCCAAGUAUCGGGGUUACCAAAAGGUACACCAAGGAAGGUUGACAAAGACCUGAGUACAAAUCAAAACAAUAAUUCUAGUUUUGAUAAAGUCCAGGAAGAAAACACUGAUCCUUACCACUGCACUUUAUCCGAGAUAUAUGAUGACGACUCUUUAAUCUGUGAUUUGGAGGAGAAUAAGCAUCUUCAAUAUCCGACAGCUGUAAAUCCUCAGGCAUCGGAUAACACAGAUACUAAUACUGCUAAUAUAUUGCGCAAUGAUUUAAUAAAAGAUAUAAACUCUUUAAGCUCUACAAAACUGCCAGAAUGGAUUAAACUUGCCAAAUGUGGCUAUAAGAGAGAUGGUUUCACCAGACUAGUAAUCAUAUCAGUAAAAGAAUUCAAAAUAAUCAAAGGACCAAAACAAAAAAUCCUCACUUGUGUUGAUGAAAACGGUUUUCAGUCUACUGUUCUGGUACGCCUACCAUGGGUUGAUUUAUCAUUUCACGUUGGAGACGUGAUACACAUCAUAGAGGGCAAGAAUGUUGGCAAUAAGAGAUUGUUAUCAAACGACAUAGAUCCUUCCACUGGUUUGAUUAAUGAUAACCUUUUAAUUUUAAAUCCAGAUCUUUUAGUUUCAGCUACAAUGAUUGGAAACUCAAUUGACUGUAUUAGAAGAUCAGUCCUUAACUUCCAGUUACAAGAACCGGCCGAACCAAGUGUACAUAUGCUUAUCGGUUCUCUGGUACAUGAGCUAUUACAAGAGCUGCUGAAAAUAAAAACUCAAAAUCAGGAGGUCAAUGAUAAAGUCAUUGAGAGUACCUUAGAUGGCAUUAUUGAAUACCAUAUGCUCUCUAUACUAAUGUGUAAUGAAACAAAGGAAACCAUUAAAGAUACAAUUUUCAAGUUCCACGUUGGUAAUCUGAAACAAUUCAUUUGCGAGUAUGUUAAAGAUUCAAACAGAAACUGCCAAGUCAAUGUGGUAGGCUUCUCUGAAACCGAGAGGCUUAGUAUCUCAAAUGUAAUAGAUAUCGAAGAGAAUAUAUGGUCACCCAUGUUUGGCAUAAAGGGUUUUAUCGACGCCACUGUGGAAGCACAUAUAGGUCAUAAUAAAAAACUGAUUGCUCCUUUGGAAAUAAAGACGGGCAAGUCGAAAGCGAUUGCACAUGAGGCUCAAGGUUCUAUCUAUACUUUGCUAUUAACAGACAGGUACGAUCUCCAAGUUGAGUUUCAUUUGAUGUACUAUAGUCGGACUAAUGACCUUAUAAAACAUCCGAGAUCACUUCAUUCAUUAAAGCACUUGUUAAUAUUACGGAACCAGCUAGCACAAAGGUUAAAGCACAACUUGAAUGUAAUCAAUGAUAAAACCUCCGAUAUCGAUGUAGAACUACCGCCAAUAUUACAAUCAUCAGUGUGCGAUAAAUGUAACAUUAAAGAUAAGUGCAUGGUACUGAAUAAAUUACUAGAAAAUGGCAAUAAAAAUGACAGUGGGCUAAUUCAAGGUGAAUACGAGCAUCUCACAGAUCACCUGACUAGUAACAUCAAGGAAUAUAGCGCAUUUUUUAAGAAAUAUAACAGAUUGUUACACCUUGAGGAGUCUAGUAUCAAUAGCGCAUCAAAGGAAUUAUACUUAAUGACAGGAGAAGAAAGAGAACGCACCAAUGGGCGAUGUUUGCAUGGACUCAUUAUCUCAGCAGUCAACUUAACUGGGGGCUUAUAUCAUUAUAAAUUUACCCGCUCCCACAAUGGUGCUGGAUUUCCAUCAAUUGCAAAUGGCCAGGUUUCUUGCAAUGAUAUAGUAUACAUCAGCGAUGAGGUAGGCCAUUUUUCCCUAAGCCAUGGAACUGUAAAAGAGAUUACAGACAACUAUAUUCUGGUAGCUUGCAGAAGAAGAUUUGAUAUGGACAACAUUCAUGAAAGUUUUGGUAUAAAUGAAAAAAAAAUAAUAAGGAGCGUUUUAACUUACGAUGACUCCGUUUCCAAUCACGAGAAAUCCAUGCGAAAGGAUAUUACCUACCGAAUUGACCUCAAUGAGUAUCAUUUUGGCUUAGCACUCGCAAGGUUUAAUUUGUUAAAUUUAUUCAUGCCUGAAGUUAACCCGGGAGAAGAGUACGUUGAUGAAAAAGGUAAUGCAGUAUUUCUGAAGCGUUGGCAAGGUGGUAAUACAAAAACCAGGAAACUUUUGGUAGAAGGAAUAUCACCACGGUUCAGCAAGCAACCAUUGAUCAGUUAUAAAUUGCCUGAAAACCAAUUUAACCCAGACCAAGUACGUGCAAUUGAUAAGGUAAUGCGCUGCAAAGACUACGCAUUGGUGGUUGGUAUGCCCGGAACCGGGAAGACAACAGUAAUUGCACAGAUAAUAAAAAUCCUGGCAUCUAAUGGCAAAACCGUGCUUCUCACAUCGUAUACGCACUCUGCUGUUGAUAAUAUCAUCCAAAAGCUGUUAAGCUGUGAGUUUGGAAUCUUAAGAUUAGGACAGAAGCCCAAAAUUCACCCUGCGGUACGGCAUCUUGCUAAGGACUUUAGCAAUAUAACAACAAAUAAGGAUUUACGCAGAAGCAUUAACACACCAAUGGUAGUCGCAACUACAUGUCUGGGCAUAAAUGACCCUAUACUCAGCCUCCGCGACCGAGAUUUUGACUAUGUAAUUCUCGAUGAGGCAAGUCAAGUGUCUCUGCCCAUAGCUUUAGGUCCAAUUCGUUUCGCUGACAAGUCGAUUCUUGUAGGUGAUCACCAUCAACUUCCUCCAUUAGUAAAAAACGAUAUUGCCAAAGCACAAGGUCUCCAGGAAACUUUAUUUGAGUUCCUCUGCGAUCUUCAUCCCACAAGCGUUGUCGAACUCACCUUUCAAUACCGCAUGAAUAGCGAUAUAAUGGCGUUAUCUAACGAAUUGAUUUACAACGGAAAACUAAAGUGCGCAAAUAGCACUGUAGCAGGACGUAAACUACCCCUAUCCUUACACGAUUCAGUUACUACUUCCUGGGUCAGAGAAGUAUUAGACCCGUUCAGGUCCGUCGUAAUGGUCGACUACGAUAACAUACCCUCCAUAAAAGAAAUAGCCGAAAGGGACAAUAUAAGAAAUCCAGGGGAAGUUACUCUAGUCUCAGAACUGGUAAAUGGCCUCAUAGCUUCAAAUUUCCCGCCAUCGGACAUCGGUAUAAUGGCCUUAUAUAGGUCCCAACUACGUCUUCUACGCAAUGAACUUUCCCAUCACUCCCCAAAACUGGAAAUCCUAACUGCAGACCAGUUCCAAGGUAGAGACAAGCAUUGCAUUAUUAUAUCCCUAGUAAGAACUAACCUAAAGGUUAAUGGCCGUACUCUACUAAGUGAACUUCGUAGAGUAAACGUCGCCAUGUCUCGCGCUAAGAGUAAACUAAUCCUAGUAUGCUCCAAACGAACUCUAGACACAAUUCAUGAAAUCAGGGGGUUUAUUGCUCUCCUGCAAGCGAACGGUUGGGUAUAUUCACUCCCUCCCCCGCAUUCGUAG